CAGGCACGGAAGAAGAGAGAGAGAGAGAGAUAGAGAGAGAGAGAGGGUGAAGAAGCAAAGUUCAAAUCCUCCCUUCUUUCCGUUUGUUCUCUUGUCCCCCAAAAUCGGAAAACCGGACGCAUCCCAUCGAACAUCGAUCCUCUCUCGCCGUCGAAUCUCACCUCGCACUGAAUCCCGAUUCCGACCACCUCAACGCCGCCUCGAUUCGGUCCCGUUUCCGGCGACGGGGUGGCGGCGGCGGCGGCUUCGGCUUCUUCUUCUUCUUCCCCGGCGACACCCGUUUCCCGCUUUCCGGCUCAUUCCGGCCGUCGUUGCCGCGAUCCGCGUCGAACUGGGUCGCCGCCCGCUUGCUCGGUUCGUGUCGUUCCGCCGGAUUGGGAUCGCGUGUUCGUGCGGUUCGUUCUGGUUUGCUUGUUUCUAGGUUUUCGGAUCCAAUGUCGUUUUACAGAGCAGGGUACUUGUUUUUCGUCGAGCGUGGUGGUUAGUUGAACCGCCCGUUCCUUCUAUGGGCGUGCUUCGCAGCGUUCGUCAUAGUGUGGCUGACCCAAGAAUCUGGAAUCUGUGGUAGUGUUUGGUUUUUGAGCCCUUCUCAUGAAUCUUUAUUGUGCAGCUGUGGGUUCCUCUUGGUAGUGGGAAUGGCGGGUGAGGAGGAUGGUGAUUCGCCUGCUAUUGCGUGUGAGUAGCAUUGAGGUAACCUGGAAAUGAGUCGGUCGCCUUCGUUUUCUGUGAAGUCCGAACUCAGUCCGAAGCUCGAUCCGGAGUCGCUGCGGCAAUGGGUAGUCGCCUUCUGCAUUAUCAGGUUCGAUCUUGAGCAAGGCCAGCUCAUCGAGGAGUGUUACCCACCCGGUUGUCUUUCGCAAGAUGAGGAGCUUGAAAUCGCGUAUAAGUCGUUCCCAGAUUCCGUAUCUCAGCACCAGAACCGGUCUAGCAUUCACGACUGCAUGUUCUUCUUCCGGUUCAGGAGGCAAAAGAGACGUAAAUCGAGUAAUGUAUCUUCGUCUGAGAUAACUGAAGCUGAUGAUAGGGAGUCAUCCGUGCGGUCCGGGAAGGAAGGACUACCCAAGGUGCUGAACCGUAACAGCUCGAAUGAUACCUACAUGUAUGGUUAUGUUUUUAAUAGACAGAGACAUGAUGAGAGGCUAAAGAGAGGUGGAGAACAGAAAUCUGUUGUGAUUUUGUCACAGAACCCCUUCUCUAGUGUAUUUAGACCUCUGUUGCAAAUUAUGGGUCCUCUGUAUUUCGACAUUGGAACAAAAGCUCUUGAGCAUAUUGCUGCUUUUGUUUCUCUUUGGCCUUCUCCAGCACCAGGAAGACUCAUGGAGCUCCCUAUAGGAAAUGCUGCACUAAAAGUAAACUUACCACCUGCUCAUUGUUUACCUUCAGAAAGCGGGGCAGCAUUUGAAGAGUCUGCAUCUUCGAUGGCUCCUCUUCUGCCAACGAACCAGUCUGUGCCACAGGGUCUUUUUCACGAUUCAGAUAUUUUCGGAGUAUUUAGGGGAAUCCUCCUGCAGCUUUGGGUACUGUGGGAGUUGCUACUGAUUGGGGAACCCAUUCUUAUAAUAGCACCAACUCCUCCUCAAUGUUGUGAGGCUGUUGCUUGUCUUGUUAGUCUAGUUGCGCCACUCCUCUGUAGUGUUGAUUUCAGGCCUUAUUUUACCAUCCACGACCCAGAGUUUGCCCAUUUGAACAGUCUUCAGGAAGGAGACACUUUCCCUCCGAUGGUAUUGGGUGUGACAAAUCUGUUUUUCCUGAAAGCUCUACAGAACAUUCCACAUAUUGUGUCGGUGGGAAGUCCAGCUCCUAAUUCAAAUCGCCUUCCCAUAGCAAGUAGGUCUACUGGCAGAAUUCCUGGGAGACCUGAUGGAUUUGGUCUACAGCAACUCUCUCUGAAGAAGUUUUCUCCUUCUAGUUUGUUAAAUGCUGUAAAAUUGAGAAGAGAUGGUCCUCUUUGUCUGAUGACAGAGCACAAGGAAGCUGUUUGGAGCACUUACUCCGCAAUAACCAAGCCCGACACUUCUAUUUUGAAUAGAUUAAUUGAUGCGGGCAUGUCUCCCCGGGUUGAGGAGUCAAUGUCCGUUGUUAACAACGAGAUAUUGCGCAGGCAUUUCUUGGAGCUCACUACUAAUUUUUUAGCUCCUUUUGGCCCAUACUUCAAAGCUACCACACCAUCGGAAGGAACUUCUCCUUUUGUUGAUCCUCCUCCUCUUCCCCCAUUCAGCACUGAUGAGUUUUUAGGAAUUUUAUCAACUCGAGGACCAGGGAAGUUCUUAACAAAGAGGAUGAAAUCUAAUUGGCUCGACCUGUACAGGCGCUUUUUGAGAGGACCCAACUUUUUGCCGUGGUUUCAGCGAAGGCGUGCUGUGGCCGAGCAAGAACAGCAGAGACUGUGGAGGCAGGCAAGAAUGAAGACUGACAUACAACAUUUCAUCUCUAAAAUGACUGAAAUUGAAAUUGUCGAUUCUUUUAAUGCUAUCGAAAGGCAUCUUCGUGGUGAAAUUCAGGACGGAAGUGCAGACACCGAAGCAACUUGUGAGAAACUGAAGGGAGAUUUGCUGGCGAUCUUCAAUGUGCUCCCCAAGGAUAUGCAGGAACUUCUACUUAUGAAUCCACAGACCGCACAUCUUCUCGUAUCUUAGGUUAAGUGAUAGAUCUGCCUGCUCACCUGUUUGUACAGGUCAAAGUUAAUCGGUGUUGUAGGAAGGUUUUGACAAUGCCAGGAACGGACAAUUCCACUGUUAUCUCAUACCUGUUCUUUCAAUGAAUUUGGGAUGGCUUAAUAAGUCUGUAUUGAGCAUAGCGGAGGUGCCGAAUGGCUUUGCUCUAUCAUCGCUUCAUGAAAGCUUUCUUGGUAUCUUUUAACGUCCUUUUGACAGAACCUAAAGGACGAAGGAAAAUUAAGAACUUGUCGGAUGGAAAUCCUUCAAGAUGGUUGGUCAUAUCAAUACGACUCUGGAAUGGCGUCCAUAUUGGAUGAAUUUGGAAUUUCUCUUUCGAUUCUAA